UAGUGGAAGGACACAAAUAGAGCAUGUCUCACGUGAACGGGGAGAAAAGUUUGUCGAGAAAGCGGGGACCUUGGGCAUGGUCUUCAAUACAGUCUUUUUACUUAAUUUAUUUCUUUAAAAUUUGGUGAAACUAAAUUCAUGAAAUCAGCCAUACUUUUUUCAAACCAAAAAUCAGCCAUACUAACAUCGUCGUGGGUUAGUUCAUUUCUGAUAGGGUUUCGGCAUUAGUAAAAAGAUAUUAUGUUCUAGUCAGUAUUUAACUCAGUACUAACAUUUGUAUCCUGACCAUUGACCACAAAGCCUCCAAUCCUGCCCAUCAUCACAGUAAAUCAUCUGAUCGAUUGAUUGCGUUACUAGACCCCUUUGAUAAUAAGUUCAUUUCACUAUAUUAAUAGCUGGAGAUUUAUAAACAAAUGAGGUGUAUUUGUGAAUUGAGAUUUCGUCUGUUAUUCCAAAAUAGAAAAAGGCGCCCACAGAUAAUUUUGAUUCGAUAUUUGUGUUGAGGGAUGGGGCAACUUCGAGUCUUUGAUCUUUCUCUUCGGAUAAAGUGAACCCAAAAAAUAAAUAAAUAAAAAAAUAAAAGGGGAGAGAGAGAGAGGAAGAGAAGAAAGUAAAACACUGUACCAUGAUGAUGUUUAAGCAUGCUUGCUGCAGCUGGUACUAGCUGAGAUCUCUUUUCGGUUCCAGACUCAGCAGUUUCCCACUUUGGUUUUUCUUUGUCUCACGCUCUUCUCUCCAUCCCUUACCUCAAGCCCCCUCUGUAAUGGAUGCAGAGGGUGAUGCCAGUGAUACAACUCAUGUUAACGGGUAUUGCCUCCUUCCUUAAUCAUUUUUUCUCCCCUCUUAUUUGGGUGUCUGCUCUUUUGAUUCGCAUGCUUUAUCCUCUUAUUUUACUCUGAUUAUUAGUCUCAAUUGAUUACUAGGUAGAUUUUUUGCUUGAUUUUGCGAUCUGAAGGAACUUUCUCGUACCCGUAACAUUGUCUUUCCUGCUGGGUUGCGUUUUUUUUUGGGGUUUGGGUAUGUGGGUUUUUCAUGGGUACUAGAUCUGACUUGAAAUCGAUGAAUUUUUACGAGCAAUUUGAUAUGACUUCUACUAUUCUGCGCCAGAUGAGAAUUAAAGGCUGAAUUUUGAUGCCCGAUUAACCAAAAUUUGAUGUGCCAAAUGACGAUUUUUUUUUUUUUUUAAGCUUGAGGAGAACAAUAUAUUGAUUUAAAGCUGUAUUAUUUGCAAGGAAAUUAUCUUCUUGUCAAGGUGUAUGAUGAAAGGUGCAUAAUCAGUGGAAUAAAAUGAUGAAAGGAAAAAAAAUUCCUAACUCUGAAGUCUUCAUUAUCUGAUGUCAAAUUUAUUAACCAGUUUCUAUGAUGUCUUCUCACGUUUUCUGUCCCAUCUCAGUGUCCAUGAAGAGAAGGUGCUGCAGACCAGCUAUGCUGCCGUGGACCGAAAGCGGAAGUUGCAAGCUGAAGAACUGGGUGUGCCACCCACAAAACUCAAGUGGUUAAAUAGAGAAUUUGCUUCAAAGUAUGAUUGUUUAUCUGAUUCUAACUCCGACACAGAAGGGGUCCAUAUCUGGGAAACAAGAGGAGAAUCUGUAAAAGAUAGCAAUAGUGUUGGGGCUGAUGCUGAGUCAACUAUUUCUACAUCUAAUGAACCUGAUCUUGACAUGGACCGAGGAACCUCCAAAGAGUGUUCGUCUUACUGGGUGCGCAACAGUUCCAAGAAUGUCUUGAAUUCUUUAGAGAGCGGAUCGACUAUGAAAUCAUGUUCAACAUCUUUGGAAUCAUCAUUAACUGGCAAGGGGCAUCAAUACACUUAUUAUGACACUGAUGAGCUGCAUUCAUCUGUGAAUUUCGAGGAUGAUCUCUUAGAAUUUGCUGGUCACAUUGAUUGCAGUUGUUCUGACUGCGAAACAAGCAAUGGAAAGUUUCCGGAGAAGGAAAUUGAAGAAAUACUUCAUGCCAAUGGUGUGGCCCCCAACAAUUAUGUUCUCUCAUCUGGGCGAUGGAUUCGCAAACAAGAUGCUCAACCAGAACCCCAGAAGUUAACAAUUGAUAAAGAGUUCGAGCAGUAUUUUUCCACUCUUAUGCUUUGAUCCCUUUUUCUGUUUUUUUGAGGUUUGUGAGAAAUCUUGUAGAUGAUCCAAUAAUUCAUGUUGUACUUGUAUGUAUUUACUAACCUAAGAAUGACGCUCUAGCAUAUUAAUACUUUCUUUGAGUCCAUUUUAUCUCUUACCCUUUAUUUAGUAUAUCUGAACCGGUGAUAAUUAUCCAAGGUUCGAAGUCUUUUGCCAGUUGGAAUUUGUUAUUUCUUUUCGGUUGGACCAUUGUUAUUAACAUUUUCACUUGCUCCAGCUUUUUUUCAAAAAUUUUAUUUUAUAAUUUUAUGUUGGUUCUGAAAACAUUUUGCGGCGCGGACUGCAGAGUAUGACUACAAAACUUUUCAAAGUUUGAGGCAGAAUAAUAUCACUCUUCAAAGACUGGCUAUCUGCGUGACCUUUGAAAGACUUAUUUGAUGUAUGGCGGUUGUUUGUCAAUCUUGUUGUUCAUUGCUGUAUCACUCGGAUGAAAAAUGAUUGAUUGUAGUGGAAGAAAAAAGUAUAUGGAUUCUUUGAUGGGUGUAACUGUAAUGAGGUUGAACCCGCAAGCCUCGUUACCAGAACAUGUCCAAAAUCCAGCCUGCACCAAGCUUUAACAUUCUUUAAGUCCGAAAGGGGUAAUGCUCAAAGAAAGCCCGGAAAUGGCAAAUAUACAGACUGGUAAGGCAGUAGUUAUUAUUCUCGCUGCUUGAUUUUUUGUUGCUUUUUUCAUCAGCCAGUGACAUGCAGUUCAAAGGUAAUUUCCUUGAAUUAUGAGCAUGAAGAAGAUGGUGUGAUUUUCCCUGUGGAGAAAAAUAUGCAAGUACUUCAGUGAACAAUUGUGAAAUUCGUAUAUUUUCCAGCUUGAACGAAGAUCUCCAGGUGCCAGUGGUAGCUUUGGUGUUCGGGUGCUUCAUUGCCAUUGUAAAACCCUGUCCUGUUGUAUGCACGAGAAGAGUCAGCGUUCAUAACAGCCAGGCUACCCUGGUAACUUAUGUUCACUUGAUCAAUUCAUGAAUCCUUGCAUUUUCACACCAACGCAGAUUUUCUGAUGGUAAGGAAUUUUUUUAGCCAAGGACGUUGGUACAGGUUGAAUUUCUGGUUUCGUCUGCGAAGAACCAUAUGGAUCCGUGACCAUCAGAAUGGCGGCGCCCCAUUUGUUUUCCACAUAAUUGAGGGGUUAUUAAUUCAGCUUUAUGCUUCAGGUUAUUUUCUUUAAAUCUGAAUAGGUGUACUAAUAGCCGUUCUAAAUCUGCAUUUUGAGGUACCAUAAACAACUAGCUAUAUAAGUUGGAAGACAAUUUUCCAAUGCCAGCAGUUUUUAUAAUCCUGCAUUACCUAAAUGAACAAUGAGACGGUCUUGCAGUUGCUCCGGAAGUUUAAUGAUCGCGGUGAAGAUUGUUGUUGAAGUUUGUGAGAUUUGAUAGAUUAUUCCAUGCGAUUUGAUGUGCAAAGUUUGAUUUGUCAUUACAAAUAUUCAAGACAACAGAAUUCAUCAUUGUUAGACAGACAGACUACUCAGUAUUCAGUUUAGAUAAAGUGCAAGGACAGAAUGGGAUACACACACAAUCCUGUAUCCAAAUCCAGUAUCUCCUGGUAUACUUUUUUUCAAUGCCUAUUUUUUAGAUGGUAUAAUAACUGGAGGGCAAAUAACGUCUCGUUCAAGAAUCUGUGUAAUAAUCAAUGAACCAGCGAAGCGAUUAAGAACAACCCCUGAAGAAAAGAAAUUACUGAAUCACUGAAAACAUUGAAGAGCUUACAAGUUACUGGGAACCAUCCCCCCCUUUUGUUAUUAGGAAGUCUUUUGAGGAGGAAUUUUAUCUCUAUAUAUCUUUCCAAGAAGAAAAACAACCAACAAGAAGGCAAUACUAAAUAUCAAUCACAAGUAAUGCUAUAUUUAAUUUACUAUGCUAAACUCAAAACCCGCAAGGUCGACCAUGACCAAGACUAAUGCGGCAAUUGCAGCUCAGUCGGAUCUAGUGUCCUAAAUAAGUACCAAAUCAAUCGACAAAAUAGAAAUGUAUGAACAGCCUAAACCAAAAAACCUUCACCCAUAAAACAAACUCAAAACUUUGACUCCAGAAAACUAUGUAUAUAUUAAAAGGAAUGAGGAAGCUGGCUGAGCUAAAAGCUAUAGAUUAAGCACAAGCUUCUUCUCUUGAAGACCUUAACUCCAUGGCGAAAAACUUGUCAAGACCAGGUGGUUGGAAGAAACCAUUCUUUGGAGGCUGUCGCUUGAUUCGGCUCUCUGACAUUUUCUUUCUGGGAGCCGGUGGACACUCCAGGAGCGGAGGUAUUCUGAAUUCCGGGUUCCUUGGAGUUGUGCAUUCUUCCUCGGAGUCAUACGUGUCCAUUUCUCUCGCCAUUAAAUCUAGCAGUUCAAUUGACAAUUUGUGAAGUGAAUCGAAAAUCCCAACAAAAACAAGGAAGAUGGAAGAUUCCCAAAAAAGGAAUAGAGAGAAUUUGAGUGAGAAUUGAAAGCAGAGUAAGGAAAGAAAGGAUGUGUGAAGAAAUGAAGAAGACUUAAUAGAUGGGGUAUAAUAAGCAAAGCAGAGUGACAGUUAAGCACCGACUUUUGGUUUAGUAGUCGUAGAAGAUAGAUCGGAGGACACAUAACACGUUCGGUGCUCCGGCCGUGGCCCACUACGGCUAGACCCGGUCGUGAUUCUUGACGUGUUCUUUUUCAAAUUUGGCGGCGCCAUCCACUGGGGGAGUUUUGAGCGGGAAACUUCCUCCCAAUUUCCUAAUUAUCGCAUAUGGAUUAUUGAUUGGGAUUUUAGGGCGGGUGUGUCAAGCAACA